AUGACACAGGGGAAAGACGAGAAGAAAACUACGACAAUAAGUGGUAAACAUAAAAACAAGAAGAAAUGUGGAAACGCGGAUCCGGAACAGACAGCGGAAGGAUGGGAAAAAGGAAAGUUAGUGAGCUGCUCUGGUAGUUUAAAGGUAAAUUCAGCGGAUGUGGAACCGAACCAAACCAACCUCCACCCUGCUAGCGACGAGCAGCCCGAACAUGAUGACAUUUGUGAACUCCCCACACUAUUUAACCUAACUAUUCAGAGAUAUGAAGGGGAAACCUGUGACGGCCAGUCGCAUGGGGAAGGUGUUGCUUGUUUUGAAGGAGGACAUAUGUACAAGGGUAUGUUUACUAAGGGACUAAUGAAUGGAGCAGGUGUCUUCACGUGGGCAGGUGGGAUGAAAUAUGAGGGAGAAUUUGUGUGUAACAUUCCCAUGGGCCAGGGUGCCUACACCUGGCCAAAUGGCAGCACCUAUACAGGCGAAGUGUACAAUGGUAUACGACAUGGGACUGGAAUUUACAAAUGUGCCAUAAACGGUGUGUUAUACAGAGGGCAGUGGGAUCAGGGCAAGAGGCACGGAAAGGGUGUAGUGUAUUAUAACCAGGAUAAAACCUCUUGGUACAAAGGAGACUGGGUGAAGAACAACAGAGAGGGAUUGGGAGAGAGAUGCUACCCUUCUGGCAACAUUUACUCUGGUGAGUGGAAGAACAACCUGAGACAUGGAGAAGGCACGAUGCGGUGGCUAAAGCUGGGACAGCAGUAUGUUGGGAUGUGGCAGGAUGGAGUCCAGCAUGGGCGAGGAACACACAUCUGGAUCCUGAGGCGAGCUGAUGGAUCCCAGUAUUCCCAGAGUAAUCGGUACACAGGGGAUUUCGUUCAGGGUCAGAGACACGGACUUGGAACGUUUUACUACGCUGGUGGUGCAAUCUAUGAAGGAGAAUGGAAGAACAAUAAAAAAGAUGGGAAGGGAAAAUUCACUUUCAAGGAUGGGCAUGUUUUUGAAGGGGAGUUUGUGGAUGAUCAGAUGAUGACACCCAACUUGGAUGGAAACAGAGCUCCCACUCCUCUGUGUGGUGCAUUUCCAUUGUUAGGUAGUGAUUCAUCUGCCUUAGGACCAGACAUGGCUCUGAACAUUGAAUGUCUUCUGGAUAAAAUCCCUGAGAGAAAGCGUGACACGGAGCGCAAACAGGUGGAGUUUGUGAUACUGAGGAAAGACAUGGAGCUGCGGUCCAUCUAUAGUUUCUACAGCAGACUUGGUCUUGCCCACUCGCUAGAUAACACCUUCCUGCUGUCCCACCUGCAGCUGUGGCGCCUGCUCAAAGACUGUCACAUCCACCAUCACGACAUCACGCUGACACAGAUAAACCAUUUUAUCAAAGAGGAUGCCACUGCAGAGAUCCACUGCCCGUUUACCCCUGUGACGCUUCGUAGGCUCCUCAGCUGUCUAGUGAUCGUGGCCUACCACAUCUAUAAUAAGGACAUGGUGUCACAGAAUUACCUUUUGGCUGCCUGCUUAUCCAAACUGAUAACAGACGACAUCCUUCCUAAUGCUAAGAAAGUAAAAGGCUUCCUGUUUGGAGAGCCACACCUUUCAGUGGCGGCUGGGAAUUACAUGAAGAGAUGUUGGGAAGUUUACCAGGUUUACUGCAGUGUCCACGCAGCUCUGGGAGAUGACCAGACCAUGACCUACAGACACAUGCUGUGGAUGUUCAAGGAUCUUCGUCUGCUGGACGAUAAGCUGACCACAGCGAGGUUACUGAAGAUCAUCACUGCAGAGUGCCGUGACCCCAACAACCUGUCCUCCUGCCUGAAUCUGGAGAUUACAUUCCUGGAGUUUUUUGAGGUACUUCUGGGCUGUGCUGAGGUGAAAUGUCAGGGGGUUUCUGAAAGUCUGCCAGAGCGCCAGCCCCUGUCCAGAUCUAAUGCUGAGACCAGCGGAGAUCUUCCCGAGAUCCCUGCUCAGGACAUCUCACAGAGUCAACAAGAUGUCAAGACUAAAGUCGAUAAGCAACUUUGGUCUGCAGAGUACACAGAAGAGCAUAAAGGUGAGGGGAAGGGAAUGCAAACCAGAAGAAUGGAGGCCAAAAACCAGACAGUUCAUCAGUUCUUCUACCACUUUUUCUUCCCUGCGUUUGACCAUCACCAGUUGGUGACUAAAAACAUGGAGGAAGACAAACUGCCAGGAGGCCGAGUUACAUCACUAAAGCCCAAUAAGAGCCAGAUGCAGCAGUGAAACCUGAUGAACGCAGGAUGAAGACAACAGUCCAAAACUGAACAAAAUGCCUGGAGCCUUCAAAUGCAG